AUGGACAAGAGCACGCGCCACCUCCCCGCGAGACUGGCGCCCCUCUUCCACGGCGUCGGCACGAUCAUCCACGAGACGGGCGUGGAACGAGCGGCGUCGACGGGCUACGUCGCCUCGGCCGCCGGCCCGCGCGAGGGCCUCAAGCGAAGCGACAGCCAGACGACCUUCGCCGACGACGUGCGGCCGCCGACACCUCCGUCCCUCGAAGAGCACGACUUCGAUCGUGAAAGAUUAAAGGCGACGCGCGACCGGACGGACGCAGUCUGGGCCGCUUGUGCUGCCAGCGCGGGUAGUAUGUGGGACGACGCGUGUAUUCGAGCUAGAGCGGCGCUCGAGACGGAGCGCUAUCGCGUGGACCACCACCGGGGGCCUCGCGAUACGUACGGGAUUAUUCGAAGUUUCUCGGCGGUUCACGACCGGCUGCUGUCAGCCUUGGCGGCGGCGUCGCGUAGAGCUUUUGAAGAAUUACCGAAGCCGGUCCUGUUCCAUUUGCUCUUCUUAAAGGCGAAGGAGGCGGCCAUGGCGCAACGAGCCCACGGCGUCGGGGCGUUGGUGUCCCAGGAGCUCGUGGGAGAAGCGCGGGGCGCGAUGCUCGCCGCCGGUGCUUCGUUCGCGGCCAAGGCCGAGUCGUGCGUGCUCUGUGCGCCUCGUAGUGUGGAUGCGGAUGAACUAGCUCGAUUGUUGGCCCCGCCCAAGGAAUUGGAAGCACUGCAAGCUCGCUUACUGUUGAGAGCUACGCCUACCUCGCAUGGUGGCGCCGCGGCCGGUAGAAGACGAGCUAAAAGAUUUAUGACUUUGAUGACGGGCUGGAUCGACGACUUGCAUGCGCUAGGAUUGGAGCUCGAGACGGCCGUGCUCGCACCGUGCUUGGAACCUCCGUCAAAAAGAUCAUUGCUAGGAUUCUUGCGAAAGAACCCACCCACGGAAAAUACGAGGGUCGUAGGACGACCGAAAUCCGCCGUGGAGCGGGGCAAUCCGGCCUUAGCAGUCACUGGUGAAAAAGAAUUUGAUGCGGAAGAAAUAAAGCUGCGGGAGGAGAUCGGGCAAGGCAGGGGCGGUCUUGUGCGGCGAGGUGUGUAUCGGGGUAGGGAUGUCGCGGUCAAGCUUGUUUUUUCCGAGGCGCUGGCUUCUACAAGACAAAGGGGCCCGUCCGAGCUGAGGACGGAAUUUGACCGAGAAGUUGCUAUGCUUAGACGUGUAUCACAUAUAAAUUGUGUCGCUUUUUUUGGUACGUUUGGUGAUCCCAAAUACGGCGCCCACGGCUUGGUCAUGGAGUUUCUCAGGGAUGGCUCCCUACAACAAAGGCUGGAGGCGCCGCAUCUACCGUCGGUAGAUGACGUCGCCUUGCAGUUGGCGGACGGCGUCGCGGCGGGCUUGGCGCAUUUACACGGUGUCGGUAUCCUCCAUCGCGACCUCAAGCCGGCCAACGUGCUCUUGGACGGCGAUCGAGCGAAACUUGCAGAUUUUGGCUACUCGUCCGCGGUCGUCGGCGACGGGGCCGACCAGUCGGUUUGUGGAACACCUAGGUGGAUGGCGCCCGAAGUCGUGUUCGGCCGACCUUAUUCUUUCGGUGCUGAUGUCUACUCGUACGCUCUCAUAUUAUGGCAGCUACUGGCCUGGGACCCGAAGCCGUAUCUGGAGUACGGCAACGACAUGAAGCGCUUCCUGAAAGCUCUCGAUGGCGGCUCGCGGCCGGACGUCGAGGCCUGUCGGCGUCGAGGCGCGCCCGAGGUCCUCUGCGCGAUGCUGGAUAAGGCUUGGCAGAAGGACGCGGAGAAGCGGCCUGCCAUGACGGCUGUUUUGGACGCCAUCGACGCGGGGCGCAAGGCCGUCGCGGCCAGUUGGUCUCAAGUUUGA